AUGGCUGCCGCGGCGACUGAGGAUCCCACCGGCGCGGCCGAAGGAGGCACUGCCACCGUCUCUUCAGUGAUCGACGAGAUAUACGAGUUCUCCGCUCCCAGGCGGAGCUCUGGUUCGACACUGCUCCCAGUCACGCCCCUUCUCUUUUUAUGCCAAGAAUUAGGACUGGCAGGAUCACUCAAGGUUAAUAGCCUGUGUGAUUUUACUGAAGCUGACCAAAUCCCCAAGGCUGCAGAAUCCUCAGAGUCAACUGCUGCUGAGAGAGAAGACAAGCAAUCAGCUGAAACAAGGGAAGCAGCAGCAAACAAGGAAAACAAUGGCUGCCAGGUGAAUGUGCAAACCAGCACCGAGGCAUGCAGCACGCCGCAGCCAUCAUUGCAUUCACAGAAAGGAGGUGCAUUGACGGGCUCCAAGAAGCAUCAAUCAGCCAGGCACAUAGCUAGUUUGGUUAAGAAUCCAUCAGUGCUAAAAUCCAAGAGUCAAGCACAAUCCUCCCAGAUCAAAGGUGUCAAACCACAGUCAAGCCUGAAAAAAGGAGGUAAUAAUAAUACAAACAAUCCUGCUGGAGCUUUCUCCUUCGCACAGGAGAACCAGGCCAUCAAACGGCAGAAGCUUGAAGACGGGAAAUCCAGACAGAUUCUUAAUGUUAGACCCCCACAACCAUUACCCCACAAGUCCAAGCUGGGUCUUUCAACUAGCAAUGCAAACUGUGUAGCUAACAGAACGCAGAAAGAGGAGAGAAAGGUUUACGUUCGGGAAACAGCUGUGCAAGCUCCUUUUGUCUCGACGGCAGAAAUGAUGAGGAAGUUCCAAACCAGUACUAGGGACUUGUCUUUACCUAUCCCACAGGGGAAACCUAAGCUCACGCUUACAAGGCCCAAGGAGCCGGCUUUUGAAACGGCUCAGAGGGUCCGUCCAGUCAGAGUUAAGAGUAGUGCGGAGCUUGAAGAAGAGAUGUUGGCCAAAAUUCCAAAAUUCAAAGCUAGGCCAGUAAACAAGAAGGAGUUCCAUCUUGAGACAGCAGUUAGGGCUACUCACAAUGCAGAAUCAGCAUCAGUAGCCUCAACAGAAGUUUCUCGUCAGAACAAUGAAUGGAAGCCUCAUUGCACCGAACCUAAAACUCCAUUGCUUCAGACCUCUUUGAGAGCUCGUCCAGUAAAGGUUAAAAGUACUCUUGAACUUGAGAAAGAGGCUCUCGAGAAGAUUUCUAAGUUCAAGGCAAAGCCUUUGAACAAAAAGAUAUUUGAAAGUAAAGGAGAACUUGGGAUCUUCUGUAAUACCAAGAAGCAGGUCACGGUACCUAAAGAAUUCCACUUUGCCAUAGAUGAGAGAAUUCCACCUCCCACUGUUGUUGCUGACAUGUUUGAUAAGCUUUCCUUGAACUCGGAAUCUCAGGACAAUCAUCUGCUUCCUAGAAACACAGCACCAAACCCGUUCCAUUUGCACGCGGAGGAAAGAAGGGCAGAAAAAGAAAGGAGGCUUGCCAUGGAACUGGAGAGGAAGAAAAUGGAGGACGAACUUGCUAGGGUCCCGAAGGCAACUCCGUAUCCUUACACAACGGAUUAUCCAGUGGUUCCACCAAGACCAAACCCCAAGCCAUCCACAAGACCUGAACCAUUUCAAUUGGAGAGCCUUGUGAGACAUGAAGAAGAAAUGCAGAAGGAAAUGGAGGACAGACUGAGGAAGGAGAGCGAAGAAGCCCAGAUGAGGAUAUUCAAAGCACAGCCAGUUCUCAAAAAGGAUCCCAUUCCAGUACCAGAGAAGGUGCGGAUACCUCUUACAGAGGUUCAACAAAUCCAUCUUCAUGUGGAUCACCGAGCAGUAGACAGGAAAGAAUUUGAUCAGAAGGUGAAGCAAAAGGAAAUGAUGUAUAAGCGAUAUAGAGAGGAAAGUGAAGCUGCAAAGAUGAUUGAGGAAGAGAAGGCAUUGAAGCAGCUGAGGAGAACAAUGGUACCUCAUGCUAGACCAGUCCCAAACUUCGAGCACCCCUUCUGCCCCCAGAAAUCUUGCAAAGUAGCAACAAAGCCAAAGUCGCCGAAAUUGCGAGUGCUUCACAGGAGAGAACAGCAGCAGCAGCUUCUAGCCCUGCUUCAUGCAUGCUGCGGUGAUUGA